GACGCGAAUCAGCUUUCAUAAAAUCUAAUCAAUUCAAAGAUUGUUUCUGAAUUGGAAUCCUACAGCCGUAGAGGUUUAGCUUGAGAUGAUAUGACGAAACAGCAGCAGCAACACAUUGCCAUAUUUACCACAGCUAGUAUUCCAUGGCUUACCGGAACUGCUGUUAAUCCUCUUUUCCGUGCUGCCUACCUUGCAAAUGACGGGGAAAGACGAGUCACUUUGGUGAUUCCAUGGCUGACAGUGAAGCACCAAAAGCUUGUCUACCCAAAUAGCAUCACUUUUAGUUCCCCAUCAGAGCAUGAGGCUUAUGUCCGCCACUGGCUUGAGGAUAGAGUCUCAUUUCCUUUAGGCUUUGAGAUACGUUUCUAUCCUGGAAAGUUUGCUACGGACAAAAGAAGUAUUCUUCCUGUUGGGGAUAUAUCUGAUGCCAUUCCUGAUGAAGAGGCAGACAUUGCUGUCCUCGAGGAGCCUGAGCAUCUCACAUGGUUUCAUCAUGGCAAAAAAUGGAAAACUAAGUUCAACUACGUCAUAGGAAUCGUACACACCAACUACUUGGAAUACGUAAAAAGAGAGAAACAAGGCCGCGUCAAAGCUUUUCUCCUCAAGUACUUAAACAGUUGGGUUGUUGGCAUUUACUGCCACAAGGUAAUCAGGUUAUCUGCUGCGACGCAAGAAUACCCUAAAUCUAUAGUCUGCAACGUUCAUGGUGUCAACCCUAAAUUUCUGGAGAUUGGGUUGAGAAAACUAGAACAGCAGAAGCUCCAGGAGCAGCCCUUCACUAAAGGCGCAUACUACAUUGGUAAGAUGGUCUGGAGCAAAGGGUACAAGGAGCUUCUUAAACUACUUGAGAAACACCAAAAGGAACUCCCUGAGUUAGAGGUUGAUUUAUACGGUGAUGGAGAGGACUCUGAAGAGAUCAAAGCAGCAGCCCGAAAACUAGAGUUGUCGGUUAAAGUUUACCCAGGACGUGAUCACGCUGACUCACUAUUUCACAACUAUAAAGUGUUUCUCAACCCCAGCACGACCGACGUUGUCUGCACAACAACUGCAGAAGCCUUGGCGAUGGGAAAAAUCGUAGUGUGCGCGAAUCACAUAUCGAACGAGUUCUUCAAACAGUUUCCCAACUGCAGAACCUAUGACGAUGGAAAAGGUUUUGUUAGAGCCACGGUCAAGGCUCUUGGGGAACAACCAUUGCAACUAACAGAGAAGCAGAGGCAUGAACUAUCAUGGGAAGCUGCUACACAACGAUUUAUAAAAGCCUCUGAUCUGAGCCGGUUAUCAAGAGCAGAAUCAAACUUAUCAAAGAAAAGUGUGUUUGCGUCGUCUUCGAUUAGUAUGGGGAAAAAUCUGGAGGAUAUGUCUGCGUAUAUUCAUUUCUUGGCGUCUGGAUUUGAAGCAUCAAGAACAGCUUUUGGUGCUAUACCUGGAAGCUUGCAGCCUGAUGAAGAGUUGUGCAGAGAUCUUGGCUUGUCUCUCAACACUUCUUCACGAAAUACUCUCAAGGAAGAUUGACCGUUUGACUGUUUCUUAUUUCCUUUGCCUGCGUAUUAUUGGGAUUAUCUUUGUGUAUAAGUCAAUGUAUCAUUUGAAUCAUUCUAUGGCUUUGGUUAACACAUUUUGAUGAUAUGUUAUAUACUAUAUAUUAACAUGAAAGUUAGAUUUUUCAUAUAUGGCGCGGUUCGUUUGUACAUU